AUGGCAACUCUGCAUUACCUCCCGCCCGUCAAACCCUCUGCAAUUGCCCUCGGCAUUGUCUUCAACCAAGCUGCCUCCGCCGCCGUGUUGGCCCCUCUAUUCGGUGACACCUACCAUCGCGCCCGGGCUGCCGACAGCAAGGAAGAAUUCUUCAAGUCCAAGGAGACUGCGACCGCCGCAGCCAGCUGGGGUUCGUCCAUCGUUGGAUCCGCCAUUCAAACAUAUGGUGUCGCUGCCCUCAUCAAUGCCACUGGCACAUUGUCGUACAAAGGAGCUGCGUAUCUUGGUGGUCUGAUCUUCAUGGCCUCCUAUAGCCCCUCGCUCGUCUCCCAAGUCGUCACCGAGAACCGGCCUCUGGACACCGUCGCUGUAGGCGUUUUGACCCGCCUGUUCGAGACUGUCGGCCUGAGCAUGUUCCUCACGUACUGGGGAACCCGAACUAACCCAUUUGAAUAA